CCUUUGCAUCGCUCACAGAGCGAUUGGACAAGUUCUGAGUCCUCAUCGGUCGGCUGUGCUUCCACACGUUAUCGCUGCCCUAGGUCCAUUGGAACGACACCGCUCACGAUGGUCGUAUCAAACAUUUUAACGCGUCAUACGUUACUUGACUACAAGGACGGGUUACUGUAUACGGGUGGAGAAGGUGAACAAAGAGAAGUCUAUGGAGCAGCAAUGGUGAUUCAACGGGCCUAUCGGGAAUAUCGGGCUCGAAACACCAGUCGUCGACAGGCGGAUGCUGAACGGCGGCCGCGGUUACUAUCCAGAUUUUGUUACUUCAAGAAAUUACACAAUGCUGCAAUUGUCGUUCAAAAGCAUUUCCGAUUGAAAAAGAUGAAUCAAACAGAACAUCCGUCGUGCCCAUCAACUGAAGUUCCAGAGCAUCCAACUCUGAAUGGUCAAAGUAUAAGAAUACAAGUACCUCAAAAUAGUUCAUCGUUGUUACGGGAACAUCGAGCGGCGACGACCAUCCAGCUGGCCUACCGUGGCCAUCGUAAACGCCAAGCAGCUGCGCGUAAAAUCCAGAAGUUCAUGAAGGAAAGCCGUAUGAAAUUACGCAAGAUCCAGGAGCUAAGCGACGGCGGUUUGGGUGCGGAACUGACGAUAACGCCCCAAUCGAAUCCGUCAACAGCGGCCACCGUCACAACAACUCCCAUGACCUCGGCUCAAAUUGGAAUUACUUCCCUUAGCAAUUCUAUGAUGGAUAUGGACGGGAGUCGAUGA